AGCCUUGACUCUUCAAGCAGACACAUGUUUUUCCUCAAGAGGAUUUGGAAAUGAUUGACUGAUAAAAUCCUUAUCACUGAUUAUUCUCCUAAGGAGCAGCAGGACCCAGUUCAAAUCAGUAAGAAGCCAAAGAACAUGGGCACCUGCCCCAUCAAAUUUCGAUCCAGCCACCCCAUCCUUGAAACUCCACCUGAGCCUGUGGUAGAAGGCCUCCAGGAGAGUGCGAUUGUAUCCCUCCAUAACUACCCGUCCUUGGGUCACACAGAGCUGACCAUGUACAUGGGAGAAAGGCUUACCAUCAUAUCAGACAAUGGGGAUUUCAUGAUGGUGAGAUCCACGACCACGGGUCACGAGGGCUACAUUCCCAACAACUACACUGCCAAGGUGACAAACAGGUGGUUGUACACAGGUAUCAGCAGACUCAAAGCUGUGGAGCUGCUGCUGCAGCCCAGUAACCAGAAUGGAGCCUUCCUGGUGCGAGAGUCAGAGUCAGAGAGAGACUGCCACACGCUGUCGGUCCUGAGGAGAACCAACUCCUCGUACCUCGAUGAUGUGAAGCACUACCGCAUCAGUGCGCUCCAAAAUGGCUGGGUGUACAUAUCCCCAGGACUCACCUUCCCCUCCCUGCAUCACCUUGUGGAACACUACUCAGAGCGUCCAGACGGAUUGUCCAGUCGACUCACAGCGCCUUGCUUCAUCCAGGGUUUAAGUGACCCCAGAGAGGCCAGGCCUGUACCCACAGCUAUCAGGAGGCCGACCAUCAACUGGAAGGACAUAAGCAGGUCCAUGCUCUUCAAGAGGAAGAGGACAGAGUCGGACAACUCCCUGGUGAGCGAGGGGCUGAGGGACGCCAUCAGCUCUUACCUCCAAAUGACAGAAGGCACCGAUCACAGCUGGGACACUUGAGGAAAUGGAUCCGUCUGAUAGAAUGAAGCCAGUCAGAGACACACGGUCAAGCACUGACCCGCCUCAUGUGCACUUUGAGAUGGCCAGUGCACUGGGUCGUCUGGACGCCCACGUGUGGUUAUUGUACACCGGCCUGCAGUGGCAGGAAGGCACUACAAAUCUUGGAGCUGUGACAUGUUUGUCGUUCAAAGGCAAAAAGACAAUGAUUCUCAUUGGUUCUCCAAUGUUGAAUCCAUCUAUUAAUUUAUAAUCCAAUUUGUGCAUGCUGUUUGAAUGUAACAUGUCGUAUGUUAAAUGUAUUGUGAUAUGAUUGUUAUCUUGGGUUAUGUUAUUGGAAUCCAAUAAAAAAAAACUUUUGCAACU